AUGUGCACCUUGAGUCAUGUUAACUUGAAUGUUAUCCUUUCUUCUGUAUCAUUUCAGUCUGCUCUACACUGGGGAGCCAAGCAUGGAAAGAAAGAAAUGAUCAGACUGGUGGUGGAUAGAGGGAUUGAUGUCAACUUGAGAUCGCAAGGGGGCUACACACCUCUUCAUGUGGCAGCGAUGCAUAACAAAGAAGCCAUCAUGCAGUUCCUUGUAUCCGAGUAUCAUGCGGACAUCAACAAGCGAGACUUCAGCGGUCGCAAGCCCCGUCACUACCUCCAGAGUUCGUCCUCCAACUACAUCAAACAAAUGAUGCUUGGACAGUCGACAGCGGAAGUGAUCCAACCCCACGUCCUGAUGUCACUGGCUGAACCCAAGCAAGAAGAGAAGCGCCACUCCAAGAUCGGCUCCCUCCUGCGCUCUUCCUUCAGACAUUCCUUCCGUAUCUGGGGAUCGGCAGAGAACCUGGAGGACAAGAACCACAAGAGGGACAGGACGCCCCCGGUGACCCCGCCCCCUUCCCCCAAGAACAGACCAAAGACUAGUCACUCAGUAAACCACAGCCAGUCAUUGUUGAUGCCCCCUCCCUCAGGUUACACUGUACCAAACAGAGGUCGAAAAUUGAGGAGUACAGAUAAAGACAGAACUGAAAACAUGCGAAAGAGCGAAUCCAAUCCUGAUAUGAUCGUAGAGACCACACCUACGACAUUCGUCUGAACCCGUAACCAUGGCAACCAAGAUCAGCAAGGAGCCUUUAGUUCAACUACCAAUAGCGAGGCUGAAACAUGAUGUUUAUUUUAGCAUAGAGGACACAUAUAUUUAUAUCUAUAUUUUCUUAAAGAAAAGAUCGAGUUCUGGAAUAGGUGGAAAAUAAUUUAUUAGCUUUAUCAUUCUUUUUCAGUUCCAUCUGCUAGAAAAUGCUUGUAGCAUAGACACUUGUAAAGGAAUAUAUCACUUUUUCCAAAUACAUGUAUAUCAAUCAGCGUGUUUCUAUUAUUUAUACCAGGCCUGAUAAAAACCCGAUUUGAAUCGGUUUCCCGAUUUUU